AUGCGUGUGGGUAGGGCCGCGCGGCGUGCUUACGCGCAAGCUUACUCAGUGGUACUUGCGGGUAUACGCAAAAUGACGGACGAGAAUGAAGAAUUCAACAAUAAUAUUAUGUAUAGCGAAGACGAUAUUGCAGAAUUAGAAGUAGAAGAGCGGGAUAGUAUUGGUAAAAAUACGCCUAGGAUUAUUAAAAGAAUCAUAGAAACUGGGGAGAGUGAUGACGAGUGGAGGUUUUUGAAGGGAAAGGGGAAGAAAAAACGAAUGCACGAGGAUGAGAGCUUAAGUACAGAAACAGAUAUCGAGGUUAACUACUCUUACGGAAUUAUAAGAGACGUGGAGUUAGAAAUAUCUGAAGAAGAAAUUAUGAAAAAUAUAUCAUGCCCAGAUUCUACAGAAUUAAUAUCCGUUAAAAGGCUUAAGCGACGAAGUUACACGAAACAAGAAGGUUGGUGUCCAAGUGAAACCAUACGGCUUUGUUUUAAAGGGUCCUCUCUACUUUUGAAAAUAACUGUUCAGCCAAAUGUUUAUCCCGUUUCACAAUGCUCACAAUUUUGGAGGUUGGGUCACAUUCGCAACUUAUGUCCAUUUAAGAAAACAAUAUGCCCGAAAUGUGGGGAAGAACACGAGAAUUGUGACACUAAAACAUUCAAAUGUGUCAAUUGUUCUGGAAGUCACAUGACUUUAGCUAGGACUUGCCCUGAUUACCUUAAAGAAAGAAGGUUGCGAGAACUUAUGGCCGAGUUUAAUUGCACAUACAGAAGGGCUUUGACAAUCUAUGUUGCGCCAACACCACAUAGACAAAUGAACCUAAAAUUUAUAGAACAAGAUAGCAUCCAGCAGGAGUGUAAUUAUAAUACACCGAAGAGGAAAGCGGCUAAAGUCCAAAAUGUUCCUACUUUUGCAGAAGUAACGGCCAAUAGCAUAUUGCAUAACGAAGACAAUAUUAUUAACGUGAAAGUAAGGUAUCGUCGCCCCGCCGGCGCCAAAUAA